UGUUGUAACUAACUUUAACAACAUGAAUGUGAUUGCUUCCAUACUUCAUCUUUCUCUCUGAUUUUCAUUCAUUGUCCCAAUGGUUUAUGAAAAGUUCAUGAGGUUGCUGUAACCUUGUCUUCACACGGGCACACACCUAUCAUCAUAUGCCCAACACUUCUCAAAUUAUAAUAUGUGUGGUCUCUAGUAAUUUAAUUUGAAUAAACCAGUUUUUCUAUGGCUGCCAUUAAACAUCGUGUUUUGAAUUGCAAAAUAUUUCUCAAGUGAUUGUGACUCACACUUACAAUUUGUUUGUUUGUUGAAAGUUCAUACGGACAUCAUUCAUAUGUACAUCUCUUAUGAUAUGAUUUAAUGUACACUCCACAAAGUCUUUGAAUAUUCAAUGCCACUAAAAUCACACCGUUCUCUUCUCAAUUCUUUUUGUAUAUAUAACAAAAGAAAACACAAACACCAUAGAUUCAUUUGGAAAAGAAUGGCAUCAUCAAUCAAUGGAAGAAAACCAAGUGAAAUUUUCAAAGCACAAACUCUCUUAUACAAACACAUAUAUGCUUUCAUAGAUUCCAUGUCUCUUAAAUGGACAGUUGAAAUGAACAUACCAAAUAUUAUCCAUGAUCAUGGCCAACCAAUUACUCUAUCAAACCUAGUUUCAGUUCUUCAAGUUCCAUCAUCCAAAGCCGGUAACGUGAAGCGUCUCAUGCGUUACCUUUCACACAAUGGACUCUUCGAGAUUGUAACGAAUCCAGAGUUGGAAAACGAAGAAGAAGCUUAUGCUCUAACUGUUGCUUCAGAGCUUCUUGUUAAAGGAAGUGACAUUUGUUUAGCUCCAAUGGUUGAGUGUAUUCUUGAUCCAACGCUUUCGAGUUCGUAUCAUGAACUGAAAAUAUGGAUUUAUGAGGAAGAUCUUACACUCUUUGAUGUUACUUUAGGAUCUGGUUUUUGGGAUUUUCUUGAUAAAAACCCUGAUUAUAAUAGAUCGUUUAACGAGGCAAUGGCUAGUGAUUCGAAAAUGAUAAACAUGGUUUUGAGAGAUUGUAAUUUUGUGUUUGAAGGAUUGGAAUCAAUUGUAGAUGUUGGUGGUGGAACUGGAACAACAACUAAGAUUAUUUGUGAGACAUUUCCUAUGUUGAAAUGUAUUGUUUUUGAUAGGCCAAAGGUUGUUGAGAAUUUAUCUGACGCCAAGAAUUUGAGUUAUGUUGCUGGUGACAUGUUCAUAUCUAUUCCUAAUGCUGAUGCUGUUCUUCUUAAGUGGAUUUUACAUAAUUGGAGUGAUAAGGAUUGCGUAAAGAUGUUGAAAAUAUGUAAAGAAGCUGUUACAAGUGAUGGAAAAAGAGGAAAACUGAUUGUGAUAGAUAUGGUGAUAAAUGAAAAGAAUGAUGAGAAGAACCUUACUCAAAUGAAGCUCCUUAUGGAUGUUAACAUGGCAUGUGUUUUUAAUGGGAAAGAGAGAAAUGAAGAAGAAUGGAAGAAACUCUUCAUAGAAGCUGGCUUUCGAAACUAUAAGAUAUCUCCUUUAACUGAAUUUUUAUCUCUUAUUGAAAUCUAUCCUUAAACAUUGUUGUUCUUCAUUACGCACUAAAUAAACACUUUCGUUUUAAAAAUAGUUUAAGAAAAUAGAAUUGAAUAAUUAUAAUUAUGUAUAUUUGAGAAUUGGAUCAAACUCUAGUGGGUCGAAGAGUAGCUUACUGUUUCAACAGAGAAUGUGUCGAAGACCUACAUACUGUAGUCGAAGUGUGUUCUAGUAUAUGUGUGUCGAAAUGCUAGGGUUGUUAGUAUUUCAAAUUGAGCCUAUUUGUUAUGUCCAAUUGUUUAAAUUAGCUGGUACUCUAAGUUGGCUUGUAAUUUGUGAAAAAUCCCAUUAUAUUAGUAUGUUAGGUUUAUUAUAAAUAACAUACAAGUCUCUCAUCAUUGCAUACUACAAAUCCUAAU